AUGGCCAAUAUUAUUAGUCUCAAUUGCCUUGUGAUUCAUACCGCCAUUCCUGAAAGUAUUUCUGUAGAUAAUAAUAUUGUGCUUGAGAUUCCAACUAACAAACAAGUUGAUAUCCUAAGACCUAUGAUUAAGGAACAAUUUCCAUUUUGGUUUGAAAAUAUUAUUCCUUACGAAUUUGUUCUUCAUAAGAUUAAUGUAGAUCUAAUUAUAAACAUCCACCAGCAAAUUACAGCAUAUCAAGAUGGGAAUGGAGAUGUUG